AUACAUUUAAAUUCUGAAGAGAAGUCUUGUCAUAUUUCUCCAGAACAGUACAGAAGAGCUUCAGAUGGAGAGAUUCAUUAAAAAAUGCAGCAUCUUUGUUUACCUAAGCCUGUGGUUUCUAAGUAGCUACUUUUUACUAUGUUUAUUUCUUGACUCAAAGUGAAAAUGGGAAUUCACCCUUUUCUCUUUUUUUCCUGCCCAAUGUGCAGAUGGGGCACAUUUUCUCUCACUCCAGCCAUCCCAGCCCCCCCACGCACAAGCUUGCAUAGAUGCACCUAGCCAGUGGAAAAGAAAAAAGGGUUACUCAUUAAUCCAUUCUACAAAGCUUUCCAAACUGAAAUGGGUGGGGUCUGCAUCUCCAGCAGGGAGCAAUAUAUAGAUAGGUGCAGAGCAUACCUGGGCACAGCUCAAACUGGAGUGUUAAACUUAGACAGCACAACUUUGCUCCUGGCCUAUUUUAAAACAAAACUCAUCAGGAUGGAGAGGACGAUUAUUUUCUGUAUGCUUUUCUUCUUUUCCAGUACAGUGCUGGCUGCAGCUUCACACAGAGCAGUAAAAUACAGACAGAUUCUCCUGGUAAUUGAAAAGUUAGAACACGCAGUGAAAGAUAAGGAUGUUGAAUGGCUGCAUACACCUGAAAACCCUGUGGAGGGAUGCGUGGACACAGCUCUGAGCUGCUUCAAGAACGGCACACUGCAACUACAACCCUUAAACAGCCAAGUGAACGCUACGUUCACCAAAGCCAUCAGAGUCUUCAGAAAAUACACCAUCAGAAGUCCUGGAAAGCAGUGUGAGUCUUCAUGUGAAUCCUACAAGAAGAAACCCCCCAAAGAGUUUCUGACGAGCUUUGCAAAACUAAUCCAAAAGUUACUCAAGAACGAAUAUAGCACACAACAGAGCUGA